GUGGUUAAACGUUGAAUAAUAUGCUAGAUGUAUAACCGGUCACGUGACAAAUUUCACCAAACGCAUACUUUAUUUAUGUAUUCAUUUUAGUAAUUUAUCAUCAUAUACAGCAGUCCAUCGCGUAUCCAACUGCUGUGGUAAGGGUGGAAAUUAUAAAAGGGAAGGGGUUUGGCAAUUGCCUCCAAGUAGUUUUUAGAAUUGGUGCAAUAGAAAGAUUGACACUGGGGCUGGUUUUAUUCUCAACACGUCUGUUCAUGCUGUAGUGGGCAUGGUUCAGUCCACAUGGGGUAAGAAAAGUGUUUUUUUCUGCUGUAUUUUAAAUAGAAUUGCAUCUCUAAACAAAGGAACGAGGCAAAAGCACAUUUGAAGUUAUUUUGAGGAACUGGACAAGAGAACUGUGGACUGCCUUAUCCUGGUGAAAGCAAAGUUAGAAAGAUGGAGUCUGUUUACAUUAAACAGGAGGAGGUUCUGGAAUUGGUACCUGUCUGCAUUAAACAGGAGAUGACUGAACUGGAGCCUGACCACAUUAAAGAAGAGACUGAACUGGAGUCUGUCCGCAUUAAAGAAGAGACUGAACUGGAGCCUGUCCACAUUAAAGAGGAAGAGACUGAACUGGAGCCUGUCCACAUGAAAGAAGAGACUGAACUGGAGCCUGUCCACAUUAAAGAAGAGACUGAACUGGAGUCUGUCCGCAUUAAAGAAGAGACUGAACUGGAGCCUGUCCACAUUAAAGAGGAAGAGACUGAACUGGAGCCUGUCCACAUGAAAGAAGAGACUGAACUGGAGCCUGUCCACAUUAAAGAAGAGACUGAACUGGAGCCUGUCCACAUGAAAGAAAAGACUGAACUGGAGCCUGUCCACAUGAAAGAAGAGACUGAACUGGAGCCUGUCCACAUUAAAGAAGAGUCUGAACUGGAGCCUGUCCACAUGAAAGAAGAGACUGAACUGGAGCCUGUCCACAUGAAAGAAGAGACUGAACUGGAGCCUGUCCACAUGAAAGAGGAAGAGACUGAAUUGCAGCCUUUCUACAUUGAACAGUCUGAUUUGUUGUGUAAGGAUUCAGAAAACAUAUCCCGGCCAAAGAUAUCACAUCAUUGUUCUGAAUGUUGGAAGAGCUUCAGUCGAUUAGGAAACCUAAAAACACACCAGCGAAUUCACACUGGAGAGGCGCUGCAUCACUGUCCUAAAUAUGGGGAGAGUUUCAGUCAGUUAGGAAACCUAAAAACACAGCAGCGAAUUCACUCUGGAGAGAAGCCGUAUCACUGUUCUGAAUGUGGGAAGAGUUUCACUGUGUUAGGAAGCCUAAAAACACACCAGCGAAUUCACACUGGAGAGAAGCCGUAUCACUGUACUGAAUGUGGGAAGAGUUUCACUGUGUUAGGAAGCCUAAAAACACACCAGCGAAUUCACACUGGAGAGAAGCCGUAUCACUGUACUGAAUGUUGGAAGAGCUUCAGUCAAUUAGGUCACCUAAAAACACACCAGCGAACUCACACUGGAGAGAAGCCGUAUCACUGUGUUGAAUGUGGGGACAGCUUCAGUUGGUUAGGAAACCUAAAAAGACACCAACGAAUUCAUACUGGAGAGAAGCCAUAUCACUGUUCUGAAUGUGGAAAGAACUUUAGUUGCUUAAAAAGCCUACAACUACACCAACGAAUUCACACUGGAGAGAAGCCAUAUUACUGUAAUGAAUGUGGGAAAAGCUUCACUGAAUCAGGACAACUAAAAACACACCAACGAAUUCACACUGGAGAGAAGCCGUAUCACUGUACUGAAUGUGGGGAGAGCUUCACUGAAUCAGGAACCCUAAAAACACACCAACGAAUUCACACUGGAGAGAAGCCAUAUCGCUGUACCGAAUGUGGGGAGAGCUUCAGACAGUCAAGCACCCUAAAACGACACCUGCAAAUUCACACUGAAGCCAGCCUCCCUCCCUCCCAGUCCCUCACCUCUCCACCCUACAUGUUUGAGUGUGUGGAGAGCUGACUAAUUCAUUCUCUCUCUCUCUCAUCCUGCAGUAAAUGAAGGGGGUCCCCAGGAGUGAGAGCUAGCUUGAAUCCAGAGACACAGAGAAGGGGAUCAUGUCAAACUGAAGAGACAGAUCCAUUCUUUCAGAGUGAACUGGAGAGCCCUGGGAUUCAGCUCCACUCCUGCCCCUGAAUUGGAAAUGAAUCUCACUCAUCAUGCUGUGAGGAUUUAUGACAGUUUCAGGGUCAUUCUACUUAGAAGGGAGACAUUGGAAAUAUAUGCCAAGCUUUUUCUCUGAACACUAUAUAUGUUUGAUGCAACACAUUAAGCUGCCAGUAUCAUAUAUAAAGCUCUAUAUAUCAUUAAUUUUUCUUUUGUAUCUUGACUUUUCGUAGUUUUUUUGUGACUUUGUAGACCUAGCCGUGAUGUAUUAAAGUAAUUUUCAUUCCUGUAACUUCGUUUCAUCCUUUCUGCGGUAGUUUAAUUAUGAAUGUUUGUUUCAAACUACGUUUGUAUACAAAUGCUUACCCUUCAUGUAUUAUCAUUUUCUUUCCUGAUUUAAGACUUCGGAUUGUGCCUGUUAUUUUACGCAUGCCUCCCACUGGUGUAGAUUCAACUCGUUGUUCAUAUGUAUGUGAAACUUCCUGUUUAAGAGCUUCAGGGCUUUGAGUUACUUUUAAAAUAAAGCACCUUAAAAUAUAAAAGAAAGCAAAAAAUGUGUUAAUAGUAUGUUAAAUAACAAUGGCAAUAAAAAUAUUUGGUUUUCCUUUUAGAUUUUAAGGUGAUUUAUUAAUGAAGAGAAGCAUGUAAACAGAUCAUUGCAGAGUUCUUUAAUUAAACACAAAAGGAAAUCUUUUCUUCUCAGUAAUUAAUGUAGUGCACAGACAACUGAAAUAUGCUAAAAGUAUUUACUUGCGUAGCCUACUGUAUACACUGUACUUUCCUUUUACA